UUCUCUCCCCUCCUCCUUUCCCUCUACGCUUUCCGCCCUUUCUUAUUUAUACGGUCCUUCCCUUCUUUCCUUCCUCCCUUCUUUUCUCCUUCCUCCCUUCCUUCUUUCCUUCUUUCUUACUCCUUCCUUCCUUCCUUCCUUCCUUUCUUCCUUCUUUCUUACUCCUUGCUUCCUUCCUUCUUCCUUACUCUUUCCUUCCUCCCUCCCUCCCUCCCUCCUUUCUUCCUUCUUCCUUCAUUCUUUCUUACUUCUUUCCUUCCUUCCUUCUUUCCUUUGUCCCUCCCUCCCUCCUUCCUUUUCUUCUUUUCGUGGAUCAUUUUCUUCUUCUUUUGGUCCCUCCACUCCUCUUUCUUCUUUUCCUUCCCUUUCUUCUGGAGUCACCAAACAAGACCCAGAGGUCACCUAAAAGAUCACAGCCUAGACAAAGGAAAGCCCGAAACUCGAAGGAAGAUUGGAUCGUUUCCUUCUUCACACUCUCACUUUUCCUCGACUUUUCCUUCCACUUGGAGUCACCACCAAGACCCAGGGAUCAGAGACAAGGCAAAGCAGAAGAAGGAAAGGAUACCGUCUGAUGUUUAUCUCAAUUCAGGAUCUCUCCGGAGUCAAGUUCAGUCAAUAUCACUGUUAAAGAAGUAAAUCUACUUGGGAUCCACCAAUGGAGAACCAGUCCUGGGACUUCUUUGGGACACCCUUGGGCAAUUCUAGCACCAACCAAACUCUUCUAGAUAAAAUGCCCCAGUUGCCUCUGGAGGUGCAGGUAGUAACCAUCUUGCUGGUGUUGCUGAUCUGUGGAGUAGGCAUUGCAGGCAACAUCAUGGUGGUCUUGGUGGUCCUUCGCACCAAGCACAUGGUGACUCCUACCAACUGCUACCUGGUAAGCCUGGCCGUGGCUGACCUGAUUGUGCUGCUUGCGGCAGGACUGCCCAAUAUCUCUGAAGUGGUGGCAUCCUGGAUAUAUGGCUAUGCUGGCUGCCUGUGCAUUACCUACCUGCAGUACCUGGGCAUCAACAUCUCAGCAUGCUCCAUUACUGCCUUCACAGUGGAGCGCUAUAUCGCCAUUUGCCAUUCAAUAAAAGCACAGCUGCUUUGCACCGUGGCCCGAGCCAAGCGCAUCAUUGCCUGUGUGUGGUUCUUCACUGCUGUGUACUGCCUCAUGUGGUUCUUCCUGGUGGACAUCUCCCAGGCUGUAUUCUCUGAUGGAAUGAAAGUCAGCUGUGGCUACCGUGUCUCUAGGAACCUCUAUAUGCCAAUCUACUUCCUGGACUUCACCGUCUUCUAUGUCAUCCCCCUUGUCUUAGCCACUGUCCUCUAUGGCCUCAUUGCACGCAUCCUCUUCAUGAACCCGCUGCCUGCCUCCCCGCAGCAUGGAGGCCGGCCAAGCAAACAUAGCUCCAUUAGUACCUCCAGCUCCAUGAAGCUCUCCUGUCGAGGGAAUAAGAGUGCCCUGAGCUCCAGGAAACAGGUGACAAAGAUGCUGGCUGUGGUGGUGAUCCUCUUCGCCCUUUUGUGGAUGCCGUACCGUACCUUGGUGGUAGUCAACUCCUUCAUGGAUCCUCCUUACCUGAACAUCUGGUUCGUUCUCUUCUGUAGGCUCUGCAUCUACCUGAACAGUGCCAUUAAUCCCAUCAUUUACAAUGUGAUGUCUCAGAAAUUUAGAGCUGCCUUCAAAAAGCUGUGUAAAUGUGAAAGUAAGAGAACUGAAAGUACCACUCAGUUCAGUGCCCCGGUCUUCUACAGUACCAUGAAGGACUAUUCUCAUGACAGCUCAGAGCAUGACAUUACAGAACAUGAAGAUCUCAAUGGUUACCCAUCAGUGGCAAGGAAAAGUAAAUCUUUGAAAUAAACAAGUCAUAUAGUGGUUUUAGAAAUAAAUUGAGAACAUGCUGUAUUUCUAAUGUUACCCUCUGACCAUCUGGACCCAAUAUUUGAAUGUGUCUAACUGGAUUUCUUUAACAUUAAAUUAGCUUCAAUGAUGGUAAAGAUUUUAUUUCAUGUUGUAGUAGGGGAUGAGUAACUGCUGGGACUUAGAGGGUAAUAUAGCAGCUCUCAGAAGAUCUUACAAGGCUGCAACCAUCAGAAAAAUAUCAGAUUUUGCCUUUGAACAUCCUCUAGGGAUCAGGUGGUAUAUUUUACCACAGUUUUGCUUAGGAGAGACAACUUUUUAAGCAGGAAAUGACCCUUAAAAAAAAAAAGAUCUCUGCUGGCUUUAAAAUAGUCUAGAGGUAACAAAUGACACAAUUUUCCCUAUGCCUCAAGGAAAAUUGGACAAAGACUCCUUUUUCCUUCAUUCCUUUUCUUUUCUUCCUUCCUUCUGCCUUUCAUCCUCUGGAGCCAUGAAGCAGCCCUGUAGGUGCUUGCAACUUACCCACAAUGGAAUUUCCUCUCAGCCACAUAAAUAACCCUCUUCAAGUGUUCACCUCUUCCAUGAUCACAAUCAUGAGGGGUAGAGAAUAUGGCAGCCCUUGCUUGGCUCCACCUCCUCCAUUACAGUCUUGUUAGCUGGGCAUCACUGUUCCCUAUGCCAGGAGACAAAUACCAUCUUUGGGACAAAUAUUUAAGAAUAUUAUUUCCACCACAUAUCUUCUUCAGAACACACUGAAAGUGUUAUUUUUGGGCCAUGUCUUCCAGAAUUUCCCAGCCAAUUUGCAAGCCUUUUGGGCAGAGCUCUCUCUUUGUUUUUCUACCAGAGAAUUAUGUUAGCUGGAGAUCGCACCAGUGUUCAACCUGGACCCUUCUGAAUGCAAAGCACAUGCUCUUCUCCUGAGCUAUGGCCAUUCCUAGUGGGCUUUGUUGUGAACAUGAGAAACUAUCCAAAUUAGUGCCAUCAGUCUGGGAUGCAUAAUAAUGACAUGUAGCUACCUUAAUGAAUGAUAUGGAUAAUACAUCCUAACUCACGAUUCAAGUACUGACCCAGAUGACAAUGUGGGACACACCACAAACAUGGCUUAAAUAGCUCCAUGGCAAAAGUAAAGAUGCUCCCUGACAGCUUUCAAGAUUAGUUUGACUACUGUCUUCAUUGUUGUUUGCUGAAUUGCAAUUUGAAUCAUGUUAUGACUCCCCGCUGUGAACUACCUGGGGAAUACACUCUGUGUUGCUUCUGUCCUGCUGUGCGUUGUUUGGUGUUGCUGUGUCUCCAGGGUUGCAAUUGACUGCUAGUCUUUUUGUAUGGGCAACUACACCAUGGGUGGUUAAAUUGUCUCCAUGAUACAUAUCUUGUAAUUAGCUUGUAAAUAUUUGCAAUUGGUGUGGAUUUAGUGUAUGCCUGUAUGCACAGAUUGCCUCUUAUUGCAAUGAUGGCAGUAACAUGAACUUUGACAGAGCUGUAUUAAAGUGAAGCAUGCUUCUUAUUUGCAAAAUGUUGCUACUUCUUGAUUAUAUUUGUAUCCUGACUUUCUGUAAAGAAACUAAAUAUAGCAUGCAGAGCUA